CCUCUUUUCCUGCCCUUUCUGACAGACCAAUGACUUUUCAUAUCCUUAAUGACUAAUGACUUUCCUGAAAGCAUGCACUGACUGAGCCUUGAUUGCUCAAUCUUGAUCCCUACUAGCACAGUCAGGUGGCUAACGAGAGCUUCCUAAAAUGAUGAUUUGGACAAAACUUGAAACUGUGUGAACUAGCAGAUUUUACUGUGAACAAGUUAGUGGAGUAGGGGAGCCAGAUCCCUCACCUACCAUUUAUAUGAACAAAGCCCAGGGAAAUAGAAGAUGAAAAGUCACGCACCGCUAACAGUUUACAAAUGAACCACAAAGGGCACAACACUUCCUAACGCUAUUCAGCAUCAAUGGGAGCUGCAGGGGCGGUGCCUGCGGACAGGGCAGCGUGCAGAGCUGCCUGGCCACACCUCCGUGUAGGAGCUGGAGUGGGGACAUGCCGCUGUUUCUGGGAGCCGCUUGAGAAUCUGAAUCACAUGUAUGGAGGGACCAGGAAAGGCAGAGGAUGUACAGAGGAUCCUGAUGAUACUGUCAGCCAAGAUUCCCAAAAGACAUUUAUUUUAGUAGAAGCAUUUGGAGGAAGAAAGAAAAGAUGCUCAGUGUUUAGGAAGAGGAAUUUGUUCCAGGAAUAAGAGGGAGCUGCGUGAAGGAGGAGAGGAGAGAGAUGCAUGUGGUGUGGCUCAGGCAGCCUGCCUCCUGGCUGCUGGUCCUGUGGGCUGCUGCUCCCUUCUUGUGGCUGCGCUGCAUCCUGGCUGAUUUCACCUUGGACAAUGAGGUGCACUCCAGUUUCAUCCACAGGAGGCUGCGGAGCCAGGAGCGCCGGGAGAUUCAGCGGGAGAUCCUCUCCAUCCUGGGUUUGCCCCACCGGCCCCGGCCCCAUCUGCACGGCAAGCAGAACUCUGCCCCCAUGUUCAUGCUGGAUCUCUACAAUGCCAUGUCGGUGGAGGAGGAGGCGGCAGGAGCAGCAGGGGAGGAAGGAGAAGGAUUCUCCUACCCUUACAAGCCCAUCUUCAGCACCCAGGGGCCACCCUUGGCCAGCCUACAGGACAGCAACUUCCUCACUGAGGCAGACAUGGUUAUGAGCUUCGUGAAUCUGGUGGAGCAUGACAGAGAGUUCCAUCAUCAACGCUAUCACCAUCGGGAGUUCAGGUUUGAUCUUUCCAGAAUCCCAGAGGGGGAAGCAGUGACUGCUGCCGAGUUCAGGAUAUAUAAGGAUUACAUCCGAGAACGGUUUGACAAUGAAACAUUCCAGAUAAGUGUCUACCAGGUACUGCAGGAGCACCCAGGACGAGAUUCAGAUUUGUUUCUGCUUGACACUCGAAUAAUCUGGGCUGCAGAGGAAGGUUGGCUGGUGUUUGAUAUUACAGCAACCAGUAAUCACUGGGUGGUAAAUCCACAACACAAUCUCGGCCUGCAGCUAUCAGUUGAGAGUAUAGAUGGACAAAGCAUCAAUCCCAAACUGGCUGGUCUUAUUGGAAGACAUGGCCCACAAAAUAAGCAGCCUUUCACGGUAGCAUUCUUCAAAGCCACAGAAGUGCAUCUCCGCAGUAUUCGUUCCACGGGAGGCAAACAAAGGAGCCAGAAUAGAUCGAAAACACCAAAAAACCAGGAAGCCUUUCGGGUGUCCAACAUUGCAGAAAACAGCAGCAGUGAUCAGCGGCAAGCCUGCAAGAAACACGAACUUUAUGUCAGUUUCAGAGAUCUUGGCUGGCAGGACUGGAUAAUUGCUCCAGAAGGCUAUGCUGCAUAUUACUGUGAAGGAGAAUGUGCCUUCCCCUUGAACUCCUACAUGAAUGCUACAAACCAUGCUAUUGUACAGACACUGGUUCACUUUAUAAACCCAGAAACUGUGCCGAAGCCAUGCUGUGCUCCUACACAACUCAAUGCCAUCUCAGUGCUCUAUUUUGAUGACAGCUCCAAUGUUAUCUUGAAAAAAUACAGGAACAUGGUGGUACGGGCGUGUGGCUGCCAUUAGGUUUUCAGGAAGGAAAAAAAAAGUGGCUGUAAAGAGUGUUUUGAUAUGGAUUUGCAAAGAGGUUUAAGUCUCCUGCAUUGAACUGCCUUAAAAAAGAAAAAAAAAAAAGUUUGUAGGGACCACGCUUCUGAAGGUGCAGAAUCAACAGGAGAUAGUGGAACAAAUUCUAGAUUCCAAGUGGCAUUUGAGUAAAGUUUGGUUUAGCUUAUUAUAGACAUGAUUCUGCAAACUGGUGCUAAGUGAAACAAGCCAGAGGAACCAUUUAAAAAUCAAGCCCGUCCAAAAUAAUUGCUCUUACUUCUGCAAAUGAGCCUUUCAGAAGAUGGCUAACUCACCAGUGUUGAUUGUGAACAUCUUUUUUUAAACAAAUCCAUCCAGGGUGAGAAUCUGGUGUGUUUAUGCACAAAAUAAUAAACAUUUGUUUUUCCUGUACUAAAUUUUUCACAAUAAAAUGGGCCUGGAAAAAAAGAUAUAUUUUGUUAAAGAAUUACCUCCAACCCUUGGUUUAUCCAGCUUCAUAAUCAGGAGAAAAAGACUAAGUACAUGAACUUCCACUAUUAAAUUUUGCACUAGCAAAAAAUAGCUGGAUUGACUCAAAUUAAAAAGGACAAGUCUAGAAAUGUCUUUUGGAAUUGAAAGAAUUGAAGAAAAUAACUCCAAAGAACAAGAUUAUCUUGAUAUGUAUUUUCUAUGUUGAGAUAAUAUCUAUUUCAACUACCAACAAGAAUUUGCAUUUACUAUGGACUAAAACAGCUAAAAGCAAAAUUUAAAUAAUAGCGAAUAAAGCCCAAACAGUUUGGUAACCCAACUCUCCACUUGGACAUCUCAAACACUUACAAGGUUAUAAAAGGCAAGCUCAAAAUCCUGCUCCCAUAGGAAAAAUACCCAUCGAUUUCAAUGGGUGCAGAUCAGGCCCCUGGAAUUUUGCAAGUCUGUAGGCUUGAUCCUGUGAGGAGAUGAAAGCCAAGGAUGGUGCUGAAUGAACACCCAGCACUAUGCAGGAUCAGGUCCUUAAUAGGGAAAAGAAACCCAUGACAUUUGUAAUCCUGGUUCCCUGGGUCUGUAUUUCCUGGGUGACUCCUAUCUUACUGUCAGUUUCAUCUGUAGUAAGAAAACUGCUUGGCUCUAUGAAUAAGUAACUGCUCUUUUACUUUUAAGCCACAGUUGAAAUCCAGACCGGAUGCUCUCUCCCCUCCCCCCCCCCUUUUUU